AUGGAUACACAAAAUUUCAACGCAGUUCUCGAUGCCAAGUGCCGAGAAACCAUCGAGACAUCAUACCCACUCUUUGUCAUCCACCACAACCAUGUCACCACCAUCCCAGACGAGACCAUCUUCCACCUCUGCCGCUGCAUCUUCGCCUCGGCCCUGCAGAAGCUCCCCGUGCAGAACCAGUCCGCCAUAGACUUCCUGUGCCUGCGCAAGAUGCUGUCCGCCGUCUUCGACGAGGACCACCGCGCCUUUGUCCUCGACGAGCCCGACCCGCGCCUGCUGGCCACCAUGGACGCCGACGCCAAGGCGUGCAUCUUUGCGCAGGCCGUCGCGGGCCUGGUGUACCUCCUGCGCAAGGUCGCCACCUGCAGCGUGACCCUCUCCCCCGAGGUCCUCGACGCCAAGCUCGCGCGGUUCGCCGCCGGCGACGAGCGCAGGGUCAUGCUCGACGCCAUCGAGAAGAGCCCCGUGUGGUCCAACUGCUUCGAGAAGGCCCACAUCGGCAACAUGAUCAUGGACGCCGUCAACGGCAAGGCCGUCGCCGGCGCUGACGUCGUCUCCGCCGCGGCGGACGACAACAAGAAGCGCGGCACCGGGGUGGUCUCGGUCGUCGAGCUCGGCAGCCCCAAGCAGCAGGACGUGGCCGAGAAGCAGCUGUGGGACGACGGCCCGCACCUGCAGAGGAACUUUGGUGUCCCGGAUGUCUUCCAGAUCAUGGUCCUCAACUAG